AUGGUGAGACAGCGCUACAUGCACUUGACAGAAGAAAUUUUGAAAGAAAACCCUGUUUUUUGUGAACACAUGGCAGCUUCACUAGGUGCUAGGCAAGACAUGUUGGUGGUUGAAGUACCCAAACUAGGCAAAGAAGCAGCCCAAAAGGCAAUCAAGGAAUGGGACUACCACCUCACCAAGCUCCUCGGACUUAGCCCUUCGGUCAAGCGCUUCAUGAUGUACCAACAAGGCUGUUUUGCCAAUGGCACGGUUCUCUGCCUCGCCAAAGACUUGGCUAAGAAUAACCGAUAUGCUCGAGUACUCGUGACUAAUUUGGAUAGCCUUGUCACUCAAGCACUUUUUGGUGACGGGGCGGCCGCAAUCAUGAUUGGGUCAGACCCAGUGAUUAGAGUCGAGAAGCCAUUGUUUGAGCUCAUCUCGGCCAUCCAGACCAUUCUCCCAAUGGUGCAAUUGAGGGACAUCUCCGAGAAGCUGGGCUCACAUUCCACACUGAUGAAGGAUGUGCCUGUGCUAAUCUCCAAGAACAUUGAGAAAAGCCUGAGGCAUUCAGUCCCUUAG